AUGUUGACAUGUCUUGUCUCUCGUGCUCGUGGACCCAAAAUAGCUAUUCUAAAAUGUCUUUAUACCGAUCCAAAUCUGAGUUUACCACUCGCCCCAAAGCCGAACGUUGAACAACAAUCGUUACAGCAACAACAACAGGUUUUUCAAGUAAAUAAUAAUCAGGAUAUCACAUCCACCAUGGCUACUACACAAAACGUAUCUGAAUCUGCCGAAUUACCUUCUGAUUCUACUCCUGUACUACCUGUUGUAACCGAACGCUUUUUACUCUACGAGUUUUUUCGAGCUCCUGGCAUUCGCUAUCAUUCGAAUGGAGACCUUCGAAAUGAGGAAAAGCAGCAACAGCAGCCGAAUGUUUCUGUUAGUGGAAACGAAAAGAAGGCAGCUUCAAAAGAACUGGACUAUAAGAAAGAAGAAGACGAGCAUGAUAUCAGUCAAUAUUCACCUUCAAAUAUUCCUCGAACUACGAUACAAAAUGAAACUCAAGUGAACUAUGAGGAAUGGUCUGAUAUGCCGUAUAUGAAAGCCAACUUUUAUGGAUAUCGAUUGGGUAGUGCCAAGGAAAUCGAACUUCUCAAAAACGGAUCCUCUUCUUCGGUUGAACGAACUUGCAUAUCUUGUUUUAAUUGUUGUUCUGAAGGAUAA